UUUCACCUUUUUGGAGUUUUGCUGGCUGUUUUAGGAAACUUGGUAAUCAGCAUUUCCCUAAAUAUUCAGUGUUUUGGAGGAAAGGCUUUACCACCAGAACACAGGUGUCGUGAAAACCACCACUAAAUCAAAACCAAAACGGGAAAGGAAAAGACUUAUAUCAGCAUCAUGGUCAUUGGACAUGUAGAUUGCGGCAAGUCUACCACCGCUGGCCAUCUGAUCAGGUGUGAUGGGACUGACAGAAGAACCAUCAAAAAUUUGAGAAGGAGGCUGUUGAGAUGGGGAAGGGCUCCUUCAAGUAUGCCUGGGUCUUGGAGAAGCUGAAAGCUGAAAGCUGAAACAUGAACAUGGUAUCGCUACUGAUAUCUCCCUGUGGAAAUUCGAGAAUAAAAUAUUCUCACCUUCAGUUGGCGCACCAAGGGCACGCAAGGCCUUUCUUCAGGAGCUUGCUGUGGUGGGGCGGGGCCCUCCUGAUGGCCCUGGGAGAGACAGGGAACUUCGCGGCCUACGGAUUUGCCCCCAUCACGCUCAUCGCUCCGUUAGGCUGUAUGUCUGUUACAGUUGGCUAAACUUACCUAGUUAUGGUUUUGGUCAAGCUCAUCCCAUUGCAGCUGCAGCUGCAAAAUACUGUGCAUUUUUUUUAACAUAUAGCAAGAAUAGCAUUAAGAACCCCCAUGACCUUGAGACCCUUGUCCUGUGUAACAGAAAACUGAUGCCUAACUUCUGGUCCUUAGUAGCUAUCACAGAAAAAAUCCAAAUAAAGUAGUGCCUUUAUUUCUGCUAUGUUUCUGAAAGAAAAUUUGAGAGCCUCCGAUGUACUAGAGCCAGAUUCCUGGAAUCGAGCAGGUGUGACAUUUGAUGUGUACCUGGAGAGGAGAAGACCAAGGCACAGAGGGAUAAAUAACUUCCAGCUAGCAAGUAGCAGUGACCUUUCCGUUCUGUGGGAGCAGUUUCAGCUGAGAGUAGACUUCCACGAUCCGGUUCGUAACCUGAAAUGUAUGACAUUGGCAUUUGCAGGAUCGUAUUUGUUGGUGAACUUUGCUCCAAACAUAUCCCAGGCUAUCUCUGCAAGAACAGUACAGUAUUACUUUGUUGGCUGGCAGUUCCUGAUCUAUGUGAUUUUAGAAAUAUUGAUUUUCUGCAUUCUCCUAUAUUUCUAUAAAAGAAAAGGAAUGAAGCACAUUGUGAUUCUGCUAACCCUGGUGGCACUUCUAGCCUCAUUGACUGUUAUUUCAGUGAAAGCUGUCUCAGGCAUGAUCGCGUGUUCUGUGACGGAUAAAAUGCAGCUAACGUAUCCCAUCUUCUAUAUAAUGUUGAUCAUCAUGAUAGCAUCUUGUGUUUUCCAAGUCAAGUUCCUGAAUCAAGCCACGAAUCUCUACAGUACGGCGACGGUGGUGCCCAUUAACCAUAUUUUCUUUACAACCAGUGCCAUUAUUGCAGGCAUCAUAUUUUAUAAGGAAUUCCUUGGUGCAGCUUUUCUCGCCAUGUUUAUAUAUUUUUUUGGGUGUUUUCUGUCAUUCCUGGGUGUGUUGUUGGUCACAAGAAACCGAGAGAAGGAACAUCUGCCACAGUCUUACAUUGAUUUGGGGAAUAUUCCCGGGAAACAGACGUUGGAUAAAAUACAACCAGAUUCAAACGGUUUAUCCUGUGGAACGUUGCCUGAUGGAAGUGACUCAACAAAGAGCCAAAGUGGAGAGAAGAAAGCGGUCUGAAGUGCCGAGAGCAAUGGCCGUGGGCCUGUUACUCGAUCCCACCUUCUUAAAAAGCUGCACAUGUUCCAUCUGUGUCAGCAGCUAGUUAUCGCUGACAUGUGCUCGCGUGCGUUCCAGGUCUCUGCCCACCUCCCUCCUGUGGACACUCGGGCCUCCCUGCGCCCUGACAGCCUAAUGUUCGCAUGGAAUGUAACUUGAAGUGCCCCCCACCCCCGGGGCCUCUCCCUAGCGAGCCUCUGACCGCCCGGACCUUGAUGAGAGCCUGGCUGCCCGAGCAGAACCGCCACGCAGAACCGUGCCCGUGCUCUGGCCGCUGCUCCCAGCGUCUGGGAGUGCCGGCUGCUUUGCUUUAAAGAGUCACUUUCCCCCGCAGCCUGACUCCUGGAACCCAGGUUUGAGAGCAAUCACUUUUUAAAAUCUUUUCUUAGAAGCCCCAUAAAGGUCUCACCUUUCUGUUCCUAAAUAAGAACGAGGAGUCAUCUUUUCUGAAAACCAGCCCUACUGUGCGCCUCCUUUAAACGUGAAGGGUGCCUUUAAGUUCGAAUUUACAAGUGGCAUUCUGAGAUGGGACAGACCAAAACUAAAGACCUUGCUGGCUUCUUAAGCAAGGGAAAAAAACCUAAGAACUAGAACCAGUUUUUUAAAUAACAAUACAGAACGGUGACGUUUCCUUCAGCUAUUAAGAUCCUAUUACACUUGAAUUGAAAUGGAAGAAAAAACUUCAUAUUCUAUGCCUUCAUUUGCUUAGCUGUUAUAAUUUAUCAUGUGGGUUUGUAUGUUGUAACUCUUAACACGUCUCAAAAAAAUCAUAUUUAAAUUCCUGGUGAUGUUUGCACUAACACAGCGUUUCUCCCCUACGUCAUUAUUUCAAGCUUUAUAAAUUCGCCCAGGUAAAAGAAACAGUUACAGAACAGGAUCCCAGCCAUUUAAAUCCUAGACAAGGCACACAGCCAGGGGGUCCAUCUGAGUCUAGAGAGGAAGGCCAGGGCUCCUGUCCCCUGGAGGGCUUUUCUGUUGCAACUAAUCACAAAUCAACUAAGAUCACAUACACAGGCAGCGUCCGUCAUCAUCAGUUACUUAUGAAUCUACCUAACAUUUAAACGAGGAGAAAAGAGUUAGCCUUCGUUGUAACCAGCAUCGAAUAAGAAGCCCUAUCCUUCAGGACAUUUCUAAACCUUCAGGUCACCUCUGACACGUCAGGACAGCGAGGUUCCAGCCACUUGUCUUGCCUUUGUGCAGCUUGGUUAACGCAGCCCUAUGGAGACCGGCUUUCAUGGCUGCAGGUCUUUGAUCGUGUUCUUGGUCAGACCCUGCACUCCUGACCAGACCAACCAAACCUGGCCACCAAGGCAAGAUUCAAAUCUAUCACCAGCGUGUGCAUAAUAACCUGGAGCCUGUGCCUGGCUGUUGAACUCCUGCCGUUGUGGAAAGUGCCCCGUUAACUCGAAUAAAACAGUCGUAAUUUUAUGGCAUGUUUUACUGAAUUGGUCCAGCAUGUUGGCACUGGAAGGCUCGGCUCGGAAAUGUGUCUGGUGUCUUAACCGACAGACUUCUGGUGACUCUUAAAACUGGUUCAAAGAUGGGGAAAACCAUUAGACUAAAGAGUUUUACCUGAAGGACUGAAAUUAUAGCUUCAGCACUUGAUUUUGAGCAUUGUAGAAUUUUGCACAGAGACACGAGCAUAAUACCAGUACUUUAAAGAUCACCAACAUUUGCAUCUUUUUUAAAGUUUUGAGAAAUGACAUUGACUUGCGUGUAUAUAUAUAUAUAAGCAAUGGAGCAAUGCUCUAGAAGUCCAGGUAACAUAUAAACUAUAUUCAGAUCUAAUUUUACUUUCCAUAUUGCUGCCCCAAAAUAAGGCGAAUGAGAAUUUCAUCUGUGCCGGCUUACAAAGAUGUUUUAAAAUCACACAGUGCCUGACAACAACCAAAGCCAACCCAGGCUUCUUCUGGCAUCAUGAGUCAGGGACUUUUAGCCAACACUUGACUCAUCUGACUAUUUGUCUAGACCAGGGGUCUGCUCACUUUUCCUUUAGAGACCCAGAGAGAUGAUGUUUUGGGUGCGCUGGCCAUACAAGUGUCGCAACUACUCCACUCGGCGGUGGUAGCAUGAACGCAGCCACAGACAAUACGGAAACGAAUGAGCGUGGCUGUGUGCCUGUAAAACCUCAUUUCCACAAGCAGAUGGCCGGUCCUCGGGCUGGAGUUAGCCAACCCCUGGCCUAGACUCCUCUGCCACCGCUCUGCAGCUUUUUCUCGUUCCGUGGGCACCCGGGAGCUCAAAAGAGCACUGUUUCACGGUUCAUGACAAGCUAAUACUCGGGGAGUGUAGAACCAUGUCUCGAUAUUCCCAUCAGGAUGUUCUUGCUUAUCUAUACAAGAUCCAAAUGGUAGCUGUGAGGCCAUUACUGGUGCUGAAGUUCCUCUCUUACAGACCGUGGUUCUUGUGUGUGUGUGUACCACCACCUGUGCUGGAAAAGUCUCCCCAACCCCACCCUCCAACUUGAUAACAGCGUCAGAAAUGACUGGUAGUUACCUGGCCUGUGGCAGAGUAAAGCAGAAGUCUUUACCACCUGGUUGUUUUCAGUUUAAGUGUCUGCUUGCCCUAUACUGCUUUUGCUACCUUGAAUCGUUUGGAAAAAAAAACA